GAGAUCCAAAGGCUAAAGAUGAGGUUUGGAUGAGCCUUCUUUGAUAUUGGUUUCCUUCGAGAGAGAGAGAAUGGCCUUGGAAGCUGUUGUAGCUCAACAAGAGUUGUAUGGUUAUAACACCACAGAUCUCUAUGACUUGCUACAAGGAAACUGGGGCUGUGAAUUUGGUCUAGCAGAAAAAGAAGAAGAGUGCGAUUCUUUCGACAUUCUCGAGAACCAAACAGAAAAUUUCGACUAUGCAAAUUGGAAUUCUCCACCUUCUUCAUUUGUGGUGCCAUAUUGGGAGCAAUGGUGUCCCAACUCAUCCUCAGACCUCGAUAUCUCUACCUCCAUAGUUCCCGAAGAAUUGCACCACUUGGACACCUCAACCAUGGCCAUGUCAACCAGGCCUAAACGACGUCGAUCCAAAAGCAAAAAGAACAAGGAAGAAAUCGAGAACCAGAGAAUGACCCACAUUGCGGUCGAGCGUAAUCGGAGAAAACUCAUGAAUGAGUACCUGUCUUCCCUCCGAGGACUCAUGCCAGAUUCUUACGUUCAAAGGGGUGAUCAAGCAUCUAUCAUUGGUGGUGCUAUUAAUUAUGUCAAGGAGCUUGAGCAAAAGCUUCAGUUUCUUGGUGGACAGAAGCAUAUGAACCCAAAGUUUGAGGCUGGUUCUUCUUCUUCAUCUGCAUCUUCAUCUUCUUCGCCUUUUGCUGAAUUCUUUACCUUUCCACAGUACUCAACAAGUUUGGGUAGCUGUGAAAAUUCAAUAAUGGUGACUGAGCUAGCUUGUGCUGAAAAUCAUUCUGCCAUAGCAGACAUAGAAGUGACGAUGGUAGAGAGCCAUGCCAAUCUCAAAAUAAGAUCCAAAAAGCGGCCCAAACAGCUCCUGAAGAUGGUUUCUGGGUUCCAAAAACUCAGGCUCACUAUCCUCCAUCUGAAUGUUACAACUGUUGAUCAAGUUGUCCUCUAUUCUCUAAGUGUUAAGGUAGAAGAUGACUGCAAUUUGACCUCAGUGGAUGAAAUAGCCACGGCUGUGAAUCAGAUGUUAGGUAGGAUUCAGCAAGAUGCUGUUCUGUUUUGAAAAAUAAAAUUCAGAUGGCUUUUCUGCUGUGAUUUUUUCUUUUCCAAAAUUUUCAUUUAACCUUCAUUUACAAGACGGGUUGUCUUCUCUAAUUUUCAUUUAGCAAUCCUUUGUACUUGAAAUUGCUCAUUGGAAUCAAAGUCUCUCUUUCUUUCUCUCAAA